UAUUCUCCCCACGCCAUCCUCCUUCCUGCUCCUUCACGCACGCUAGGGCAGGGAGCCCUUCUCCUCACGGCUGCGCGCAGGAGCUCCUCCCAUGGCCGCCGACGCCCUACUCUCCUCCAUGGCCGGCGCUCGAGCUCCACUCCUCACCAUGGCGCCCUCCUCCCUGGCGCUCGCUCCCUGCAGGCGAGCAGCCGGCACACUUUUUCUUCCUCCCUGGUCUCCACAGCAAAGCAGCAAGGAGCUCUGCUCCUCCUCUUCCAUGGACGUCACCCUCUCUCCCAUGCAUGGCGUGACGCCGUGCUCCUCCAACCAGUGCCUCCAUCUCCCACCCGACCUCCUCCCUCUCUGCGAUCCCCAUGGCCGUCUGGCCCUGCAUAGCGUUCCCUCGCCUCUGUUUUCCCCUUGCGCGCAGAAGCUCUUUGGGCCGACCUCGGCGAGGUCCACAUCCAUGGCGCCAAGCAGCAGCCCCCCUGUUCAUGGCUGCCAGCCCUUGCUCCCCUUUUGCCCCACUGCACAGCAGCUCUGUGCUCCACCUCCCAUGGACGCCCAGAAAUUUCUUGCAGCAGCUCCGCUUUCCCUGACCGCGCCCCGCUCCGAGCUCCGUCUUGCGCUCUGCUGCAGCUGCGCCGUCCGACCUCGCCAGGCCACACGCUAUAGCUCAUGUGCACUUGUCCGCAGUCAGCGUCGACCCGAUCUGCGCAGCGACGCCGGUCCAAAAGCAGCAGCCCCGACGUCUCCAUGCGACUCGCUGCUUUGUGCUGCGCAGCGAACAGUACGCCGGGAUGCCCGCCGGGUGUUCGCUGUUUUUUUUUUCGCAGCCCCAAACAUCGACGUCGUUCACCCCGGUGAGACCGCGACGUUCCUUGUUCGAUUCCGCAUUGACGUUAUUUUCCUAUGAUUAAUUAUGGAUGCGUGCUGCUUUGUUUUAUUUUUGGUGGAGGAGAGAAACCCCGUGUUUGCGUGGAGAAGGCAAGUCAUUCAACGCUCGUCGGAUGUUUGGAGCGAUGCACGAAUCGGAAUCACCGUCAUUCGUGCAAACACCGAUUGGGUUUGUUUAUGGUGAG